GUCAGCUACCCAGUGAUCGGAACGUCAUUUCUUGACUUAAGUAUUUUUUUGACUUAAGUCGUGACUUAAGUCGAGAAAAUUAGAACUUUGACGUAUACGUUGACAUUUGACUUAAGGUUUUUCAAAAACUACGUUUUGACGUUGACUUUUGACGUAUUUGACUUUUAAAUUUGACUUUUAACGUAAAAGUCAGAGCACAUAUCACGAUAUGGCAACGUGCUAUUUUUUUGUCUGCUUCUGAACUGUCACUAACUCAUACUUAAUUCUGCAUCUGCUGUCUACAGCUCUACAAGUUUGCCUGUGUUACUUCUAGAAUUUCAAUGGCAGCACCCAACAAUUUAUCGUUGCCUUGGUUUGAAUCAGGAAUAUUUUCUUUUUUUAAAUUUAGUGACGAAGUCAUUAAACAGUUCACAGUAGAUCCUAAUUCAAGUAUUGCAGUGAGUAAGGCAGCUAAAGCUGCGUUACAACAACAGUACGUACAUGGUAGUUGUAAAAGUUGUGGAUGGAAAUCCAAUGUCCACUUUGGGAAUCCGUCAAAUUGGGUUCGACACCUUAAGGUAAGACGCAUGCUUUAUUUGUUUAAGAUUAUCAUUUUGAUUAGUUGUUAUAUGUUGUAGCAACAUCCUAGUGUUCUUGAGAAGUAUAAGGAAAUAACUUCAAUGAAGAAAAAGUCAAAACGUGUACGCUCUCCAGAUUCAUCUUAUUUGCCAAACCAACCAAGUGCAAAAAAAUUACGUGCCAAUGACGGGCAAGAAAAAAUAUCAGCUGCUCUCAAUCCCGAUACUAUUUCCAAAAAGAAAACGGUGCUUGCAGAAAAAAAAAAAAAAUUAAAGAAAAACUUCCAGACGAAUUGCAGGAAAGAAUUACGAUGCGAAUUUUUGAUUACAUUGUUGCCGACGCUAGACCUAUUUCCACAGUUGAGUCGACGUAUUUCAGAAAUAUGUUGAAAGAAAUUGACCCGCGAGUAAAUAUCUGUAGUGUUAAAACUCUUAAAAAAAUUGUAGCAAAAUCGUAUCUAGAGUUUAAGACAAAGUUGAAGGUUAAAUUUCAAUCGGUCGCUUCGGUUUGCUUGACUGCUGACGUCUGGGGCUCGCUUAAGUGAAGCUUUUUGGGCAUUACGGCUCAUUGGAUAAAACAAGACGAAAGUGGUAUGUUGACAAGAAAAUCAGCUGGGAUAGCGUGUAAACGUUUUGAAGGAAAUCACAAGUAUGAUAGAAUAGCUGAAAUGAUAGAUGGUGUUACGACAGAUUUCGCCUUGCAUGCUAAAGCCAAUUCUGUAGUAACAGAUAACGGAUCAAACUUUGUUAAAGCUUUCAAAGAAUUUGCUGUGAGUUUUUUUUUUCAUUUUGCUUUCUUUCGCUUUAUGCUUUUUUAUCAGUAUCAACAGGUUCUAAAUAAUGGAAAUAGUGAUAAUGACGACGAACUUGACCCAACUAUAGAGAAUUUAGUUGAGCAGAUGGUAGACCAUGACGAUCAUGAAGAAUUGACUGAAUUACAAGAGGCAGCUAAUCGUGAUCAACAAAAAGACUCGACUUAUGACCUUUUGAAUAAUAUUGAUUUGGAAUCCGAGAUAAUUUUACCAAUGCACUUAAGAUGCGCCCCUCACACACUGAACUUAAUUGCGAGUACAGACAUUGAUUUAUCUAAGUUUGACAACAGAACACUUCCAAAGAAGCAAGCACUAAGAAAAGCACUGGGGAAAAUGACUAGUCUAUGGAAUAAAAUAGGUCGUUCCAUUAUUUCAGCUGAACUGUCCCAAGAAGCCUUUGGUCAGUAUAUAACAUUAUCUAGAACUUUUUUUGCCUUAUUUAACUGUUUUAAUCUUUGCCUCUUACCAGGCGUAGCUCUUUGUACUCCCUGUCCAACAAGAUGGAACUCAACGUAUGACAGUUUAGACUCCUUCCUAUCCAACAACAAAAGCCCCGACUGUGGUAGCUGA